AUGAUUAAACUGCUUUAUGUUUGUCUUUUAGAAAAUGCGACCCUGGAAGCGCACAGCGACGACGAAUUGCCAGACAUCUUGUUUCGCUCGGAGCGCUCCCCAGAAGCCUCGGCGAAGUCGAAAAAGAACAAAAAGUCUGCAAGCCGUGCGAAGGAGAAGAACAACGACGGGGAAAAAGGUUGCCGAAGGCAAAGCCUGAGGGUUCGUGUACGGGACUUAGGCCUGGGCUUCGACUCCGACGAAUUGAUUACCUUCUUCUACUGCAGCGGCUCGUGCCAGCAACACCGCAACAUUUACGACGUCACGCUGACCUCCCUGCUCAAACACAAGCGCAUCACCCACAGCGCCCACGACCGGGUCAGCAACCAUCCGUGCUGCCGCCCCACCAGCUACAUGAAUGUGUCCUUCAUGGACGUCGCCAACAACUGGCAGUUCGUGUCGCAUCUGUCGGCGGCCAAUUGCAGGUGUGUACGCUGA